CGAAUGGGACAUAAGCGCUGGUGGGAGCGAGCCCGGCUGGGUGCCGGGUCCGCCCCGCGGGAGGCAGGGCUGUGCUCGGUGCGCUUCGGGAGCCCUCCCCUUGCUCAGUCUCAAACCAUGAACUACAUGGGGCAGCUUGCUGAGACGGUCUUUGUCACGGUGAAGGAGCUAUACCGGGGCCUGAACCCCGCCACGCUGACGGGCUGCAUCGACGUGGUGGUGGUGAGGCAGCCCGAUAACUCCUUCCAGUGCUCCCCGUUCCACGUGCGCUUCGGGAAACUGGGUGUGCUGCGCUCCAGGGAGAAGGUGGUUGACAUUGAAAUAAAUGGGGAGCCUGUGGACCUGCACAUGAAGCUGGGUGACAAUGGAGAGGCCUUCUUUGUCCAGGAGUCGGAGGAGAAUGAGGGCAGCAUCCCUUCCCGCCUCUGCACGUCCCCCAUCCCCAUGGAGCAGAGCCUGGAGGAGGAUGCUCAGCCCCCUCAUGGGCAGGAGGCUGCCUUGCGCAAGAGGAGGCGCCGCAGGAGAAAGCCCAAGAGGAAGGAAGUGUCAGACACCGAGUUAGAAGGCUGUGAGGAGACCAGAUGUGAGAUGUCCAUGGAGGAGCCAUGCAAGCUGCCAGCCCCAAGUGAUUCAGUGUAUUUCUCCUUCGCUGAUCUCCCUGAAGAAGGAACCAUGUCGCUGCAGUCCCCAGAGGUGCACCCUUACUCUGAUGGGGAGCUGGCCUCUGCAGACAGCUCCCUCCUGAGCCAUCCAUCUUCUCCCAGAAGUGAUUCUGAGCUGGAGAUCAGGCCACAGGAGAGCUUUGCUCUGGGGACUGAGUCCCACGUGCAGUGGACCUGGGGAAGGCUCCCUCAGGUGAAUAAAUCCGAACGAGUUGAACCAGCCAAGUCCACAAAGACCAUUGCUACGGCAGAAACCACUAUCUCUGCGGCACUGGCCCCAGAGGAUGAGGCAACCCAUCUUGUUGCCAGCUCUGAAGGUGUAGGAGGAGGUCCAUGCCCAGCAGGACCUCAGGCCAUACCCUGUUCCUCUGCUGUGUCUGUUAUUGAGCCAGCCUCUGCACCACGGGAUGGGAACAGCUUCCCCAGGCUGCAGGAUGUCCCCAGUGCUGCGAGGGCAGAGAGCUUGUUGGACACCCCCUUACCCCCACAGGAGGGAGGCAGGAGUGUGGUGCCAGAGGUUCAGCCAGGUGCUGCCCUGGGGCAGGUGAACUCAGAGGGCCCUGAGCCCCAUGUGGAAAGCCAGAGGAGACAAGGAGCCAUCAAAAGAAGUCCCCACGUGGGUCCCGGUGACGUUUACCUGCCAGACCUCUCCAGCCUGGCUGCGGAGCAGGCAGCUCUCCGUUUCCCCAGGAGUGUCCUGGAGCAGAGUUCAAAGCCUGCGGCAGCCCCCAGCAGCGCUGUUGGUGCCCAGCUGCCACCCCACGUGCCUGCUGACAGCCCCACGGCCCCCGAGCUGCUGCCCGCGGCUGCCCUGUCGCUGUGCGGAGGCCUGGGGGGCAGCCGGCACAUCUCUCACGAGAAGUUCAUGGAGCACGUUGUCUCCUACCAGCAGUUUGCUGAGAAUCCAGGGCUCAUCGAUGACCCAAACCUGGUGAUACUGCUCAACAAGAAGUAUUACAACUGGGCAGUGGCUGCUCCCAUGGUCCUGUCCCUGCAGGCUUUCCAGAGGAACAUUCCUGAGAGCACCAUCGACCAGCUGGUGAAGGAGAAGAUGCCCAAGAAGGGCAGCAGGUGGUGGUUCUCCUGGAGGAGGAGAGAAUUCCCAUCGGAGGAGCAGCAGUUGAGGCCAGGAAAAGCCAACGUGGGGAUGCUGCAGCCUGGUUCCACUCAGCAGAGGCAGGAAGAGGGGUCAUCCAGUGAUGAAGAGCCCCUGCACCCUGGGGACAUGUUAGCAAUGGAUGCUCCUGAACAGAAAUCUCUGCCAACCUACAAGAAAUCCCUGCGGCUCUCCUCUGAGCAGAUCGGAAGGCUGAAUCUGCAGGAUGGCCCCAACGAGGUGGCGUUCAGUGUGACGACCCAAUACCAGGGCACGUGCCGCUGUGAGGCCACCAUCUACCUGUGGAACUGGGAUGACAAGGUGGUGAUCUCGGACAUCGAUGGCACCAUCACUAAGUCGGAUGCUCUUGGGCAUAUUUUGCCGCAUCUGGGAAAAGACUGGACUCACCAUGGGAUUGCUAAGCUCUUCCAUAAAAUCCACCUGAAUGGCUACAAGUUCCUGUACUGCUCAGCCCGAGCCAUCGGCAUGGCGCACAUCACCAAAGGCUACCUCAAAUGGGUCAACGAGCAGGGCUGUGCGCUCCCCAAGGGCCCCAUCCUGCUCGCCCCCAGCAGCCUCUUCUCUGCCUUCCACAGGGAGGUGAUUGAGAAGAAGCCAGAGGUGUUCAAGGUCGCCUGCUUGAAGGACAUCCAAAACCUGUUUGCCACCAAGCUGCCCUUCUACGCGGCUUUUGGGAACAGAGCCAACGAUGUCUAUGCUUACAAGCAGGUUGGCCUGCCGGAGAGCCGCAUAUUCACAGUCAACCCCAAGGGAGAGCUGAUCCAGGAGCUCACGAAGAACCACAAGUCAACGUACGAGCGGCUGUCGGAGCUGGUGGAGCUCAUCUUCCCUCCCCUGGGGCAGAGCGGGAGCGUGGCUCUGGUGUGUCCGGAGUACAGCCACUUUGCCUACUGGAGACCCCCACUGCCUGCUGUUGACUUAGAUGCCUUCUCCUGACCUUGUUACCUGUGGAGACCUGAGGCAGGGCUUUCCUGUGUGUCCUCUGCCAGGAUGGGGUGCUCCACAUGCCUCUGCUCUUCCCUGCUUGCUGCUCAGACGUUUUGCACUUCUCCCAGGGGUCAUGUUCUGCACUAGCAACACUCCUCAGGGGCCUGAAGAGCUCUGACUCUACAAAAACUGCAUUUACUAAACUAAAACUCCUGUAAGCUGGGCCUCUGCUUAAUGUUCUUACCAGCUUUAAAGCCUGGUUCUUCGUUAAAAGUGGUGGUGGGUCACUCACUGUCUUAUUGAUGAGCAUAGCUAUUGCUACCUCCAGUAUGACCAAUGUUUCCAGCAAUCCAGCUCCCUGCAGUGUGGAAGCUGAUGGAAUGAAGCUGUCCUGUGGCUUAACAGCUUGUUAAGGUGGCUGGAAGCUGUUUGGGGUUUGAGUGUUCUUCACCAAUAGCACUUAAUCUGGGCUGCUGCUUGUUUGCUGUAGCCCUGUGCAUGGAGGUGGGAGCCAGGCUCUGUGCCCUUCUCCAGCUGUGGGUGAGUUUGGUGCUCAGGGCCCUGCCAAGAGCAUCAUCUUGGUGGAGAUGGGGGUAGGAUCUACUACAGCUUCCUUGGCCUGUGGAGCCAGGGCACUGGAGAAGAACUUUUCUUUCUUUCCCUUCUUUCUUUCUUCUGCCUUCAGGUACUGGUGCAAACCUGAUUUCACACAGGAAGCAAAGCCUGGCUUUAUGUGCAUGGGGUGAAUCUCCAGUGCCUGCGGCCUGCUGCAGCCUCGUGCUCCUGUAUUGGAGCGUUCAAGCGGGGUUGCCCUAAAGCAGGGUUGGGCUGGGACUCAACCAGCGUGUGCUGGGUGAGGGACCUGUCGCAACCUGGUGUCCUGCUCUGGGAGCUCUCGGCUGUGACUACAUAAACAGAACCAGGCAGGAGCACUGCUGGGCUCCUUCCCCAGCCUGCCAUCCACAUUCUCCUUCCUUGAUCACUGGUGUGAGUGUAAAUCUACUCUGCCUGCCCUGUGCUGUAGCUCUGCUCCUCUGAAAGCCACACACAUCACUGUGAUCCUGGAAACCUCAGCAAGAAAUACUUUAUUUUUUUUUCUUUUCCAGUACAAACACUUUUUCAGCUUUAAAAAUCUGAACAAAUGUACAAGGUUUUAAACACAAUAAAACACAGCCUUUUCCCAGCAUCACUUAGCAACUGCCUCAGGGAGCUGCCUGUGCAAGGACAGCCCCAUGGGCACCAUCUCCUUCCCUCUCUGCAAGCAAAACCACAAUAAAAAUGCCCUAUUUUGCA